UUUGCUUUAUAAAAAUUUCAGAUGCCACUGCAAAUUCAAGAGCCGAGAGUAAAUGAUGAUUAUUAUGAUUUUACUCCUCAUCUCUAUGGCACUCUAGAAGAAAACAUACAUAUGACUGAUUUGGAGGACCAGUGGCUGAAUCACGAAAGUAGUCAACCUUGUUCUUCUAGCUGGUGGAGCAGUGCUGGGAAUUUAGUCUUCGAUAUUCGAAAAUGUCCACUUACUUUAGACGAGGAUAUAGACGAAUCUUGUGAAUUCACAGAAAAGAAAGAAGGAACAGAAACUGUAGUUACUGGAGAAGAAGUUACGUUUGAAAUAGCUGAUAAUAGUACAAUAGUAACGGAUACAAAUCAACCUGCAGAGGAAACAAAGGAAAAAGAAUUUAAGUGUCCAACCAGUAAUUCUGUGCCUGUAUCAUCCUCAAAAACAAGUAAGAAAAAUACAAAUAUUCGGAAGAAAAACCGAAAUGUAAGAAAGAAAAAGAAAGAAGAUUCGGUUACAAUAGUUACUAAAAACGCCAAGCCAGAAGAACAAGAAGAUUGUGUGGAUGUGGAAACUAUACCAAAAGAUGAAGUACCAGUAAUAGAAGCAGCUGAUGUAAAGAGUUUGUUAGAACAAUUUGAGGCUUCUCAAACUCCAAAUCUGUGCAAUAAAUUGACCGUUACAAAUAAUCCCACUUGUGACACGAAACCAAACACACCGUGGCAAGUGACACAAGAAUGCCGGACAAACGUAUCGGAGAAAUUUGUUUCGCAAGCUGCCACUCAACAGAAAGACGUACACGCCUCAUUAGACGCCAGAAGCAUCGUAGAUAAAAUAAAGUCAUCGGAACGUAAAAGAACUUGUAUUCCAAUAAUACCCGCUAAGCCGAAUAUACCGGGUGGAAUUCGUAGCAUACGAAAACAACAAAGAGCUUCUCGUAAGAACAAGACUAAUUCUCCCGUAACGAACAAUGUUGAGACUUUGAGAACAGAUUUCAGUGACGUUUCUUGGGUACAGUUAGAUCAUGAUUAUUGCAGAGCCAACCCUACUACAAACAACACAAACAAUGAAACCACGACACAUGCUACAAAUACGCCUACGCUAUGCAGAAAUAAGAACUUGGAUACGACCGAAGAAAAACAAAGGUGUAUCCCUGCACAAGAGGCCCAAAAUUUGAAUAGAACAUAUGGCAUUGGUAGAAAGCCUUACGAGCCAAUAGCCUUACAAGUUAAAAUAAAAGAUAAUGUUCUCGAAAGUAAUCAGAAAAAUGAUCAACAACAGUCUCCUUCGAAACAGUCCCAGAACACAAAUGCUUCAUCUUCUAUUACAAAUAAAAAUUUCAACGAAUCUCCUCAACUUUUGGGCACACUACAAAGUUCUGACAAUAUUCAGAAUAUCCGUUCAUCUUUAGCUAAAAGAAUCUUGCAAUCACAUGGUUACAUAGUUAAAACAAAUGCACAAACAAGUCCUAAACCACAGCUUAUGGUUUCCGUAUUGAAGAAUCCACCAAAUGCAUCACAAUCACCGUUCUCAACAAAUUAUUCUAACGAAAAUAUAGUGACCACUACAAACAGAUUAAACAACGAAGUACAAAAUAUAAUUCUACAGAAUACUCAAGACACGCUGCCGCAUGAAGAAGUGAUGACAGAGCCACCUCGCAAAAAGUUAAAUCUAAUCUCUCUACAAGAAUAUCGAAAUAGAAAGAAUGAAAGUAAGCCAGCAAAACAAAAAUCUCCCAUGGCAUUAAUGUAUGUCUACCACGCUGCCACUAUGACAGAAUUCAAAAUUAUGGAUGAUCUGGAGUCUAAGAUUUGUGAGAGAGAAAUUAUUUCAGUCUUGAAAGAGAAAUCAGAGAUGAACAGAAAAGAAAAAAACAAGACAAAACCACCUACUUGUGAUACAGGCGUACAAACAUAUGAGUCUAUGUUUGAAUGUUCCACAAAUGUAACAUCGGAUGUGGAAAUCAUUGAGGAGAUACCAAAGGAAAUAAAAGACAGGACGAAACCUGAUAAGAGGGUGGAAAGUAUCAAAAAUUAUGAACAAAGAUCCUGUAAAAGAAAACUCUCUCGCAGUCUGAGUCGAUCUAGAUCGAGGAGCAAAACGAAUAAGAUGAGCAGAAGCAAAAGUAGAAGUAGAAGUAAAAGUAGAAGCAGAAGAAGGAGAGACAGAAGAAGAAGUAGAAUCUACAGCAAAAGUAGAAGUCGGAGCAGAAGCAGAACUAAAAAUAGGAACAGAAGCAGGAAUAGACGUAGUAAAAGUACAACCAGAAGCAGAAGUAGGAGUAGAUCUCGUCUACGCAGAAGUAGGAGUAGAUCUUGUCUACGCAGAAAUAUCCGCCAACGAACAAUAAGUCAUCGACGCAGUUCUGUCAGCUCAACCAGCAGUUCAUCUUUGACAAGAUCAUCUCGCUCAUCUUCGACGAAAUCAAGAUACUCAUAUUCACGCUACAGAUCUCGAUCCUGUACCCGAUCGCGAUCUCGUAAUCGAUCACGAUCGCGUAACCGAUCUCGAUCCUAUAACCGAUCACGAUCCCGUAACCGUUCUCAAUCUCGUUUUCGAUCUCGAUCUAAGUCCAGAUGUAGUUCCAAAUCUAGAUCUUCCAGACGACGAUAUUCCAGUCAAAGUUCAAGGUCUUCCUCUGCCUCGAAUUUUGAGAAGCAUGGAUGGUCUAAUCAUCGAAGGGAUAGUAGCGAUUGCGAAAGAAAUUAUGACAGAAAUUAUGAAAGAAGACAGUCCUUAACUAACCGUCACGACUAUAGAAGCAGUAGAUCACCGUUACGUUCUUAUUGUAACUGGUACAAUAAAGAACAAGACGAACGGAAAGUUCUAUUUGUGAGAGGCCUGGACAAAGAGGUCACCAAAGAUGAUCUUCGUAAAAGAUUUGAAGUCUUUGGGCCUGUUAUGAAUAUUACUAUUCAUAACGAUAAACGAGGCAAUCUUAUUGGCUUUGUCACAUUUAAAAACAACACCGAUGUGUACAAAGCCAUGGAGCAUGGUAAUGACAAUCCGUCAUUACCUAGAUACCAUCUAGCCUUUGGAGGUCGUAGGGCCUUUUGCAGAUCGGACUAUGCUGAUCUGGAUGAUAUAAAAAAUACGCGGAAAUCCCUGGAUAGAUUCUCUCAAGCAGAUGAAGAGAACUCCUUCGAUUAUCUGCUGAAAGAGGCAAAAGCACAAUUGCGUAAGAGAAAAGUUUGACAUACGUACUGUUUAAUAGUUUUAUUAGAUAUAUGUUUCUAAUAAAACUAUUAAACUAUAGAUAUGUCAAAUGAUAUUUUCGAUUAUCCAUACCUUAUUACAUAAUCAGAAGAUCAAUAUCUUAUAUUCUUGUAUUAGUUAUAUUAUUUAUUAUAUUAUAUAUUUAUUAUAUAAAUAGUAAAUAUUAGAAGCAUGCAAACACCUGAAAUUUUCGAGUUUUCGAUGUCUGAUUCAGAUUUUUUGAUUUUUUCAAAUAUUUGUUUCCUUAGCUUACUCAAAACUAGUGAACUGUCCAAAAAGAGAAUACAUUUUAUUGAUCCUCGGAUUACGUAACAACGGAUAAUGGAAAAUAUUCAUAUGAUUAGUCAGACUUAGCAAGUACCUGAUCUUCAUGAGAGUAAUCGAACUCGAUUGGUCAUGAACUUUGUGUAAAUUGCUAUCUGCACAUUUAGGAAAUACAAUAACGAUGUAACAAAUGGCGAAAUUUAUUUUAAUGUAAAUAUACUACGAGAUUUUUGUAAACGUAAUUGAAAGAGCAGAGAUAAAAAUAGAGUGCAGAUUUACUUUAAAAGACUACUUUCGUUUGCUAUAUUCAUCUGUACAGAUGUGAUGAAUAUAUAUAUGCGAAAAGUAGAUUAUUUAUAGCUAGGACAUUUUAAAAUACAAAUCGAGUUUUUUUACAAAUUCUUUGACUAUGUUAAAAUAUUAUUUAUUAUUUCUUUCAUAAUUACGUUUAUCAUACUGACAACCUGUUGUACAGGCAGAGUAACGGUGGAAAAUUUAUUUAUUUGCUAGAGAUGGUGUGAUCUGACCGUCGCAUAGAUGUAGAGUGGCCAUAUUCCCUCUAGCAAAUAAAUAAAUUUCCCUAUUUAUAUAACAGAUAUAUAUCAUUUAUUUCUUUGUAUGUCUAUUCGACGCAGUCAAAAAUUAGUCAAGAAUUAUAAUCGCUGUUUUAUUAAAUUGUUUUAUGAAACUUGUUCCUCCCAGUGUGAUGUAAUCUUUGAUAAUUCAAUUAUGUAACUCUAGAUAAGAAAGACAAUAGUUCUGUACAAUGUUAAUUAAAUUACAUGUGCCAAAUACAUCGUAUAUUUGGCCAACAUAAAGUUUCUACUACUAUAGCCCGAAUUAUUUAAUGAGAUGUAAAUAUUUAAUUACAUUUUCAUUAGUUAAUCAUAUAGGUAUUUAUGUCUCUAUUAUACGAUUAAUCAUUUAUUGUCUACUGCCAUGAUCAACUAUUAAUUAGAAUCAUAGAUUAGAAACAGAUUUUACAGCAAAGAUAAAACAAUGAGGUAAUCUUGGUCUUAAAAAAAUUGAAAAGUUUUAGCAAAUGUGCAAAAUUUCAUUAUAAUUAUUAAAUUAAAUCUGUGU